AUGCCAAAACCUACAGCUGAACAAUGGCUUGGAAUAGCUGAUAGAUUUUAUCAAAGUACAAAUUUUCCAAAUUGCUUGGGUGCGAUAGACGGCAAACACAUACGAUGUAGAAAUCCCUUAAACUCCGGCUCAUAUUAUUUUAACUACAAAAAAUUUUUUUCUAUUAUAUUGAUGGCUGUAGUUGAUGCUAAUCUUAGUUUUAUUUGUAUUGAUGUUGGAGUUUACGGUAGGGAAUCAGAUUCUACUGUAUUUAAACAAUGUACAUUUGGUAAAAAACUGUAUGCUGAACAACUAAAUAUAUCGAAACCAACAUGCUUACCUAAUACAGAAAGUUCCCCAUUACCAUAUGUAUUUUUGGCUGAUGAGGCUUUUGGUUUGCAUACAAAUUUGUUGAGACCAUAUCCUGGACGAGGUUUAAAUGAUAAGCGGCGUGUUUUUAACUACUGGCUCUCAAGAGCACGAAGGACGGUCGAGUGUGCAUUUGGAGUAUUAUCUAACAAAUGGAGAGUAUUACAUACUCCUUUAUUAGUAGAACCAGAUUUUGCCGAUGAAAUAAUAAAAGCUUGUUGCAUUUUACAUAAUUAUGUUCGCCAAAGGGACGGAGCUAGCUUUGAAGAUAUAUGGAGUCAAAUCUGUUGGUCGAUGACUUAA